AAUAAAGCAUGUGCUGAUUGUUCAGCUGAGAACCCAGAGUGGUGUUCGAUCAAUUUGGGUGUUGUGAUUUGCAUAGAAUGCUCUGGGGUUCACCGUAGUCUUGGUACACAUAUUUCCAAAGUUCGAUCGCUUACCCUCGACCUGUUUACACCGCAG